AUGCGUAACCAUUAUAAUCGUCGUGACGAGGAGGAAGAGGAGGUCGAACAUCGAGUAGCAGUAGAUCAAUCAACAAUCCCUCCCCCUUUCAUCCAUCCCUCUUCUUUGCUUCUUUCUUCUCUCUCUACUCUUAUCACCAUCUAUCAAAGAAAGAAAGAAUACUCUAUAUUUUAUUCAUUAAAUCGAUAUUAUACUCUAAUAUUAGGAAACACAAAGAAGGAUUCUUCCUACUCUCAUCAUUACCCCAUCAUGUUAACAGUCAACCUGGCCGAAUGGAAUGUUCAACGGAUAAGUAGUGAUACUACUGAUGGUAAUUCAAAAUCAACACUAGUCCAACACAAUAAUGCUAUAGUUGGUGCACCAUCAACAGUGGAACAGCAAGAAGAUAAAGUUGUACCACCUCUAUUUAUGCAAGUUUUAUAUUUGCAUCAAGAACAAUUGAAUUUGAUAUAUGAUUAUAGUGGACCUGAUGACUGCUACUUUGAGUUGAUUGUCUCAAAAGAGAAACUACAACGAAAUAGUAAUAGUCAAUUUAGAAACAACCAAAAUACCGGUGGACCAUAUCGAUUAUCAUGCUUUGCCUUUUUUAAAACGAUACGGGCUGUUCACGAGGAUGAAAUCGAGUCGCUGGUCAUCCACCUAGGUGCCAACAUUACAUUUGCUCCACAACAAUUCCGUGCACUCGAAAUAUUCCAACAGGCCGUUCAAAUGUUGGAGCAACGCACUCAACAUCAUAUUGCAGUGGUCGGUCAGUGUCGGCUGUACCCAGUCAUCCAAGAAUUGGUGUUUGACCAAUUCGCAACGGUCAAUCGAAUAUGGAACUAUCGAUACUCUACUAAAUCCUAUCAAAUGGUUGGAGGUUAUGCUGAAGUUGUCCUCGAUUUAGACAACCAGCAACGUUGUGAUAUGAUAGUUGGUAGUCACAAGGAAGAAGGUAUACUAUUACACAUGUACAAAACACAAUCACAAAAAGUCAAGGUAUUUUACAACCAUUUGCAACAACUCCAAUUCUCUUCCAACUUUUUGGUUAGUGGCGGCAAGGAGUUUUGUGACACACAUCAAAUCCUAUUGCACAAGUCGAGUGCUAGAGGUAUGUGUGGAGCACUCCAUCUUCAAGCCUAUUCCUUUACACGUGCCAUUGAAUUUAAUAGAAUAUUUGUCCUAAACGAUUCAACUUUUUCCUUUUUUACAAAUGAUUGGACCGAAUUAUUUUUACCCUACUCUAUAUGUAAAUGGAAUUGGAUAAAUGAAUUUAAAGAUUCACAAGUAUUAAAUGGAUUAUAUGGAACAGAUGAAUACAACAAGAGUGCAAGAAUAUCGAUUAUAGAAAAGGAUCAUCCUGUAAAGAUUACCUUUUUCGUGACACCUAGUAAAUUCCCAACACAGUUUAUGGACAGUGCCAGGGCAUUUAGAUCACACUUGAUGCGAUGGAUGAUGACAUUAUCGUAUCCCAUGCGUGAAUUCCUUACAACCACGAGGAAACAAGUGUUUGGAGAAAAAUUAUUGGCCAAAAACAAUGGACUUGCACCGAGAUGCAUUGCAAUGCAUGUACGACACGGAGACAAACUCAUCAGUGAAGCCAAGUUGGUCGACCUGCAAGUCUAUCUAGAUGUAUUGAACAAAAAGAUUAACGAGUUUAAAUCAAACCUACAGAUUGACAUUGGCAAUGUCUUUUUGAUGACUGACAACACAACCAUCAUCGACCGUAUCGAAGCAAUACCCAAUCGACCGUACAAGCUACACUAUCUCACCGAUGUCGAUCGAGGUGACAAUGAUGUUGCAAUGGACAUUGAAACUGGCAUCAUCGACCCAUCCAAAAAGACCAUCAUUGGAAGACUCCUCCUUGCCGAGCUCUUGAUCGCAUCCGAUUGCGAUUACUUUAUAGGUACAAUGUCAUCCAACAUUGGAAGAACCAUCGCCGAACUAAUGUCUGCUAAAUUAAACAAAGAAUAUAUCCUAUGGGAAAGUGUUGAUGAUACAAUUUGGUCUGUUGAUCCCUAA